AUGCCGUCUGCUUUCCCUAUCUCUUAUUCAAACCCUGGAUCUGCUCAACAGCAGAUUUAUUAUGAAUCGCUUCCUUAUUCUGUAAUGAGGGAAUUAAGGAAAGCCAUUGCUGAUUCUGGUCUGAAAUCCUCUUAUGUGACAGGGAUGCUAGAGGGCAUUGCAACUGGUUACAUUAUGCUACCUCAGGACUGGAAAGACCUUAUGCGCAUGCUUUUGUCCCCUGCUCAGUAUGUGGUGUUUGAGAGUGAAUUUAAACAUAGCGCUUCAGCCCUGUCUGAUCCUCAACAUACUGCCAAUGAACUUUAUGGUGCUGGUCAGUUUGCUGAUAUAACUGCCCAAGCAACACUGACACCUGUACAUUUUGUUCGCACCGCGACCUGUGUACAACGCGCCUUUCGGAAAGUCCCUGUUUCUGGGCAACCGCUGAGCUCCUUUGUGAAUAUUAAGCAACAGCAUUCGGAGCCAUACCACCAGUUUAUAGAUAGAUUGAAAGAAUCAGUCACUAGGCAGAUUGAUAACACCACUGCUCAAAAUGAAUUGAUGAAGAAAUUGGCCUUUGAAAACGCAAACACUGAUUGCAAGAAAGCUUUGCAGUCAAUCAUACAUCGCCCUAAAUAUGAACUGGCCGAUAUGAUUCAAGCUUGUGCGGAUGUCGGUAGCCAGAGCCAUGCGAUGUCCUUGCUUGCCGGCGCAAUCCAAGCAACCACUAAGCCUACUGGUAACUGCUUUAAUUGCAAGCGCCCAGGCCAUUUUGCCAAGCAAUGCAGAGCCCCAGGCGGGGGCACACAAGGAUGGUUCUACCUCUAAAGCUAGACCUUCAAAAAUGCCCGAAAUGUGGCAAAGGCUAUCAUUGGGCUAAUCAAUGCAGGAGUUCGGGAAACUCCAUUGCGGCCCCACUCUCGGGCCAGGAAAAUUAGAGAGCUUUCCGCCUUUAAUUUCUGCUGCUGCAAACUUUUCAAAGAACACACCCUCUGAAUUUGCAAUUGAUUUGAUCAAUCAAGAGACCAAAGAUUCUGUUCUACCUGGUGAAAUUGUGCUCAUGCCCACUCAAUUGGCAGGUCCCCUGCCUCCUAAGGUCGCAGGUUUAAUUUUACCCAAAUUUUCUGCGGCAAAGGAAGGCAUCCAGGUUAUUCCUGGAGUUCUGGAUCCUGACUAUGUAGGCACAAUAAUGGUUCAACUCUGGAGCCAUAUGCCCAUGCAAUUAAAAAAGGGUGAGUCUUGGGCGCAUUUGGUGGUGCUCCCUUCUCAUCCUACUGCUUCUAUUAUGGAUACUAAUUUGCACGAGCUCUCUUCUUUCCCUCCACAGCUGUUAGCUGUAGUCCAGAGGAUUGGUGAGAAGAAACUUCUUCGUAAGUAUAAAAUCAAUGGUAUUGUGCUGGAAGGCUUGAUUGACACAGGCGCAGACGUUUCUGUAAUUUCUAGUAGUUGCUGGGACCCCACGUGGCCCCUUGAGUCUGCCUCUGCUGUCUGGGGUGUGGGUGGCCCCAAACCUCUUCCAAAAGCGUACGGUGGCUGCCUGUGUCUCUGCCUGAUAGCUCUGAAACCAUUGCUUACAUCCAGCCCUGUGUGCUGAAAAUCCACCUCAAUCUGUGGGGAAGAGACUUGCUACAGCAAUUACAAGCUACCAUUCAAUUUAAUGAGUAAGCUUGCACUUCCCCUCAGCUGGAAAUCUACCACUCCUGUAUGGGUGGAACAAUGGCCCAUAACAGGAGAAAAGCUACUUGCUUUAAAGCAAUUAGUGAAUGAACAAUUAUCGGCAGAUCAUAUUGAGCCUUCUGUUAGCCCCUAUAAUACACCCAUCUUCGUCAUAAAAAAGAAGAGUGGCAAAUGGAGAUUUCUCCAGGAUUUAAGGAAAAUAAACCAAAUCCUUGAACCCAUGGGGCCUUUACAAUGUGGUCUGCCAAAUCCAAAUUUAAUCCCACAUUCUUAUCAAUUGGCUAUAAUAGAUUUGCAAGACUGCUUUUUCUCCAUUCCCCUACAAUUCUCAAGGCCAAGCCAUCGUCGAAAGGGCUAAUCGUACCGUAACAACUGCUCACCAACGCCAGGAAAAGAAGGCCGGUGUCCCAGCCUCCCUUUCCGAAAAGGAAGGCUGGCUGGCCAGUGUUCUCUUUACUCUCAACCAUUUGAAUGUUUCCAUACAGGAUCAUCAAUCUUAUACUCGCCUGCAGAAGCAUUUUCAGCAAACAGAGAUACUCCCAGCCCCACUGGUCCGCUAUAAGAUAUUACCCUCCAACGAGUGGAGUGAACCUGUAAAACUGAUCACCUGGGGAAAGGGUUACGCUGCAGUGUCUACUCCACAGGGUCCUCGCUGGGUUCCCGCACGCUGCAUCCGCCUAUACCAUGGCAUGGCGACAGUCCCUUCCGAAUCCAGUACCGCAGUUCGACCACACACUACGGAUCGCCCAGGCCGCAGCGCCCAGCCCCCCCAGGACUCGCAAGCGGGGGAAAUCGUAAUGGACCUGUGA